CGAAUCUUCUUAUUCUCUCUUUAUUUUUCUCUAAACAUUUCCUGUAUCCCCGUUCUCAGCUCUAAAACUACAGCCUAACCGUCUUCGUUCCUUUCGAAAGAAAGUUAAUCCAACAGUCCUAUUCAACGAUGACAGCGAUGGAGUUCAAUGAGGUUGAAAUGCUCUACGGCCAUGGCGGGCACAAGUUGCCUCGCGACUCCGUCCGGAAACAUGGACGUGAGGUACGUGCCCUCAUCUACUGAUAUUGUCAAUUAUCGGGUCGCUGGGCAUGGCUCUUUCGCCGGCUGGAGCUCAGUACCAUUGAACUUACGAUCUUACUCCGUUCGCUCCUCGAUUCCUGAGUUGUAUGCAAGGUGAGAUCGACGCUUUUGUCUCAAUGUAUGAAUCACUUGCAGAAAUUCGGGCAAAUACUAUAAUCAGUUCCACCAUGGACUUCAAUCCGCUCCUGUCCCUCGCAACUCUGGACCAGUACAUCGCUUAUCCCGUUCUUAUCAUCUUCCUCGCGUUUCACCCGAAUUACCCAGUAACAGCGAAGAACAUGAGCCAUGCCGCGCCCGUCUUUCUGGCUUCGUGGUAUUGUUCGCCAUUAUUGAUUGGUCUGCCCGGGGCCACAAAUGGUGGUAGGGUCCAAGGAUCAAGGCGGCAAUGGAUUAGAGUUCAUGCCCGACGGCUGACUGAAGGGGAUCUCGUGGUUCCGUCCUCCACUGGCCAUAGUCAAACGGCAUUGCGGAUGCUCUCUCCCGACGAUGCAAAAACUUAAUCGCGAGUGGUGAUGUCAAACAAUUACCCCCGACCGUACCAUCCGCCGACUGGAAAUAAGGUAUACGACUCAUGUAUGCAUAUCAAUGUUUGAAAGAUUCUUGGAGCUAGUAGGAGUCCACCCGACGCAGCUGGAUACGCGAUAUCGGGCAUUGAGUGGCCGCAUGGUUUUGCGUUAGUAGGUCACCCUUAAGAACGAGGAGAUCUUCUUCGCCUUGCAGCGCUUCUUGGUCACGAGAGACUUCAGACUGACAUCUAUGCAUCUCGCCAUCGAACAGCCACACCUGCAUCUGAUGAGGCUGUUUACUGACUUUGACGCGGGCGUCGCUAGGCGUCACUAGUAUGUAGAAAACGGUAUCUGGUAUAUGAUACAUGCAGGGCUACAUGUCAGAUUGGUGCGAGUCAUGAGG